AGUGGGGUGUCAGAGACAGUAAGAAGGUAGUUAGGGAGGGAGACGUGGUGAAGGGCCAUUUUAACUUUACCAAAGAGUUUUGGGGUACCCUGGACCUCCAGCACUGUAAGGGCCACACACAGUAAGGUUAGGGGACCAUUAAAACUCACAACCUGGGAUAUGGCUUUAAGGUAACCUGGAUCAUAGGCAGACAAGGGACACUGGCAAUUAAGCAGCAAAAAGAAAUUUAUAAGUUUAUCUGAUUAAAACACAAAAACAACCAAAAUGGCAGAAGCCCACCAAGCUGUGGCAUUUCAGUUUACAGUUACUCCAGAUGGCAUUGAUCUUCGCCUGAGUCAUGAAGCACUUAAACAGAUCUACCUCUCAGGGCUGCGGUCCUGGAAAAAGAAGAUGGCUCGGCUUAAGAAUAGUUUUAUCACUGGAGUUUAUCCUGCUAGCCCUUCCAGCUGGCUUUUCGUGGUGAUUGCCAUUAUGGGGACCAUGUACGCACGUGUGGAUCCAUCCAUGGGAAUGAUUGGAAAGAUCAAGGAACAUCUACCAGUGAGUGGUUACCUAUCUCACCAGGGUCAAAGCAUCGUUAGUGCCCUGCUAUUCUCCACAGGCCUCUGGUUUGCUCUCAUCAUGACAAUGAGAUAUAUUCUGAAGCAGCUCCUGUCCUACCAUGGCUGGAUGUAUGAACAGCAUGGCAAGAUGUCUGCCACCACCAAGCUAUGGCUGACUCUGGUAAAGAUUUUCUCUGGUCGGAAGCCAAUGUUGUACAGUUAUCAAGCCUCCCUCCCCCGGCUUCCCGUUCCAUCCACUAAGGAUACAAUGCAGAGGUACCUGGAUUCUGUUAGACCUCUGAUGAAUGAUGAGGAGUUCAAACGCAUGACUGCCCUGGCUAAAGAUUUUGAAGUGAAACUAGCACCAAAGCUGCAGUGGUACCUGAAACUGAAAUCCUGGUGGGCCUCCAACUAUGUGAGCGAUUGGUGGGAAGAAUAUAUUUACUUGCGUGGUCGUGGACCCAUCAUGGUUAACAGCAACUAUUAUGCAAUGGACUUUUUGUAUGUCACACCCACCCCUAUUCAAGCAGCACGGGCAGGUAACACCGUCCAUGCUCUUCUCUUGUACCGACGCAAACUUAGUCGCGAGGAGCUAAAGCCGAGCAGGGUCCCAGGAUCCAUAAUCCCGCUGUGCUCGGGCCAGUGGGAGCGCUCCUUUAACACAACCCGCAUACCAGGAUUGGAGACAGAUACCAUACAUCACUACACGGACAGCAAGCACAUAGUGGUGUACCACAAGGGACGAUUUUUUAGGGUGUGGGUGUACCACGGUGGACGCAUGCUUAACCCCAAAGAACUGGAACUCCAGUUUGAACACAUCCUAAAUGACACAAACCCACCUCUGCCUGGAGAGGAAAAGCUGGCAGCCCUAACCGCUGGAGACAGGGCUACCUGGGCCAAGGCUCGUAGUGCGUAUUUUAGAAGUGGAAAGAACUUACAGGCACUGGAUCUAGUGGAGAAAGCGGCUUUCUUUGUUACUUUAGAUGAAGACGAGCAGGGACUUCGUACUGAGGAUCCCAUACAUUCACUGGAUGCCUACGCUAAAUCACUUCUCCAUGGAAAAUGCUACGACAGGUGGUUUGACAAAUCGUUUACAUUUGUGGUUUUCAAGAAUGGGAAGGUGGGACUGAACGCUGAACAUUCAUGGGCUGACGCACCUAUUGUCGGCCAUUUAUGGGAGUCCAUGCUGGCCACAGAUUGCUUUCAGCUCGGGUACGAUGAUAAUGGACACUGUAAAGGCCCAGCUGACUCCACUUUGCCUGUACCGCAGAGAAUGCAGUGGGAAAUCUCAGACGAGUGCCAGGAAGUAAUCCAGAGUUCCCUGAAUGUAGCUGAGGCGUUAGCAGCUGAUGUGGAUUUUCAUGCGUUCCCCUUUAAUGAUUUUGGCAAAGGAUUAAUAAAGAAGUGCAAGACCAGUCCUGAUGCCUUCAUCCAAAUCGCUCUUCAGCUUGCGCACUAUAGGGACAAAGGAAAAUUCUGUUUAACAUACGAGGCUUCCAUGACCAGGCUUUUUCGGGAAGGAAGAACUGAGACCGUACGCUCAUGUACUGUGGAAUCGUCUAAUUUUGUGAAAUCUAUGGCUGACUCAUCUGCAACAAAUGCCGAAAGACUGAAACUUUUUAGACUUGCAGCGGAAAAACAUCAGUUGCUGUAUAGAAAUGCCAUGACAGGUGCAGGAAUUGAUCGGCAUCUUUUCUGCUUAUAUGUUGUGUCAAAGUAUCUUGGAUUGGAUUCGCCUUUCCUGAAAGAGGUCCUAUCUGAGCCAUGGCGCCUCUCCACCAGUCAGACUCCAAUUCAGCAAGUGGAGCUGUUUGACCUGGUAAAUCACCCAGAGUAUGUCUCAUGCGGAGGCGGCUUUGGACCUGUGGCUGAUGAUGGAUAUGGUGUCUCAUACAUUAUCGUUGGUGAAAAUCUGAUCAACUUUCACGUGUCCUGCAAAUUCUCAAGCCAUGAGACUGACGCACAUCGUUUUGGAAAGCACAUCCGUGAAUCUCUCCACGAUAUCUUGGCCUUGUUCAAUCUCCAGAAGGCCUAGAAUGCAUUGUUUUCAAUCUCUGUACAUGCCAACAUGUGUGCUGACCUAAGAAGCCACGAGGAAAUCAAACCAAUCAAAGCCAUCUACAGGGACCAUUCUGUUACUUACUAUCCAUGAAGUUAUUUAAUUACAUAUUGGUCUGUAUGAACACCUGUGAAUACUGCCUCACACGUGGAAUGAAACGUGUAUAUACAAUAAUAGCUGCAUAUGAUCUGUCUCUACAGAGAGCAUAGCUACUCAGUGCAGAUAGCAUGUCCUAUGUCUCCUGGGUCACUAGAGAUGCUUUAAAUGGCUCCCACUGACAUUUUGUAGUAAUAUUUAAUAUAUGGAAGAUCCUAUAAAGGUUUAACUGGCUCAUGAUAGACAGGUUUGUGUGCACAUUAAAUACGUGGCGAGGCAGCUCAACGUGAUCUGAUACACAAGUUUGGCAACCAGAGAACAUCCAUUUGUGAGCUGGUGCCUUAAAUGCUUAUGUGAUGUUUAUUUUUAUUUUUUAGUUUUACAUAUUUUUUUUUUAUGCAUCUAGUGAAGUGUUCAGCAAAGCAAUGCAAUUUUUUUAAAGCUUUUGAUACUUGCAAAGUUCCAGUGAGCUUUUUGCACAACCUGUGUCAGAUUUGCAGCAGAUAUCUUUUAUUUAUUUUUUUGUCUUUUUUUUUUUAAAGCACAUUGUUACAUUUAAGUAAUACUUUGUGCGUCUGCGGCAGCAGCUCUAUUUCAGUCGGUGUCAGAGAUAUUGUCAUUAUACAAGCAUUCUUGCCAAGAUUCUGAAUGAUAUAUUUCAAUAUAGUGCGGCCUGCAAAAACCUUAUUAACCUUUCGGUUGCCACAUGGAUAGGUAGUGCAUUGAUGCCACAAUUCCCUACCUGAGAGGAGGGACGGGUUAAGAGAAUAUUGUAUGAUAAGUGCCAUCUCUACAUAAUAUGUUCAUUUGCAGGUUUUUUUGUUUUACUGUAGCUGGAUAUUGAAGUUUCAGUAUUCUUUGAUCUUAACUUUUUACAGAUGUUACCAUAGCUUGCACCUGGUAUAGAUGUGGCUGGUUUCUUAUAUUUAAAAUAAAAAUGUAAAAAUAUAUAUUCUAAACACAAUAGGGCUGCACUUAGACAAUCACUAUAUUUAAUCACACCCACAGCAAAGUAUUGUAUUGUUUGUUUGUUUAAGUUCAGUGUUCCAGGGGCUUUGUUCCUUUGGUUUUCCUGAUCGACAAUGAAAUUAAUAGCUUUACAAUCAGAAAAAGACCAAAUGAGCAAAUAUGUCCACAAUAUUACACCCCAAACAGGAACGAGAGUGUACCACAGAUUGAAUUUUUGGAUGUGAACGCUGACCACCUUUCCCUUUAGAGUCCAACUACACAGUAACUAACAAAGAGACCACCUCCUUAUACUAUUCCAGUGAUUCAAAAAAAGGCUGCACGUCCACACCCAUCAAACUCUAUAACCUUUGCAGUAGCGGUAUCCAUUCCAAAAAAUACUUUAUACUAAUUACAGGGACAGAAAAAAAGGAUUGUUUCUCAGCUUGUGCAUCUUUUUUUUUUUUUUUUUUU